GUUUGAUUUGAAUGACAGUAUUGUUAUGUAAACACUAUAUUAUAGUCUAAAUUGUAUUUAAGUUAUAAUAAAGUCUUUAGCCAUCAAUUGAUUGUCAAAUGUUGUGAUCAUUAUCUCAACGGAUUAGACCAUGAAUUUAGAUGACAUUACCUUAACUGAAGAGCACAACAAUGCUAUUAUAACUCUGAUCAACAAAAUUGUGGCCAAAUCUCCACUUUUGUUGCAAUUGAAUAGCGAUUCAGUUGUCUUCUUGCGUUUGGUUGCCAUUACAUCACUGAUUGAGACAACUCUUUGCAAUCAAUCUGCGAUUGUCUUAAAGAGAAAUACAACUAAUAGUAAAACCAUUCAUUCAAUUAAGACAUGGCUGAAGGAGUACUACAAUCAAGAAUUGAUAACACGUUUGUGUCGACCCCAAGACAUGACAGUCAAGGCUGAGGAAGAAUUACCAUCCGAUACGGGAACUGAUGACCAAACAAAUGCUAAAAUAAAUGGAGAUAUUGUUGAUGACUAUAGUGAUGAAGACGUUGAUCGCGACACCGGAGUCAUAGCUCUGUUAAUCUUAUUUAUCGCCCAUAAGUUGCGUCAAAGUCUUCCGCGUAUUAAUGCUUACUUUACUCCCGAAUGGCAGACAUUAUCUCAUUUCGAGACAUCACUGAAUAAAGUCAUUAAUUUUGACAAAUUGUUACAAUUAGUACAAAACGAGUUGUGUAUUAAAAGACGACAAUUAGAGAUAACCAAAAGUAAACUCUUGUCAUUGCAAUCAACAAUUAAAUCGCGAACUUUGGAUCAAAACAAUCAAUCAAAUCGGUCUAAUCUUUUUGCAGAAUAUGAGGACAACAAUGACAAUAAUAUUUCAAUUGAAAUGAGUGAUGACGACAAUAAAAGUGUUAAAUCCAAUGUUUUUGUUGACCAUUCAUCAGAUGAUGAUUUCGAGCCGAAAGAAAAAUUACAAAAGUUAACAAAACCUCAAAAAACUAACAAAAAUCCCCGAAAAGGUAAAUACAAAAAAGUCAGUCGUGGAAGAGGUCGACCACCAAAGCUAACAACUGCUCCGAAGACAAUUUCAGAGGAGCCGAAAACCGUGAGAAGAUCUCGUGGUCGACCUAUAAAACCGAAAAUCGAUGAUCUAUUUGAAUAUGAAUAUGAAUCCGAUAAACUGAAGACUUCAUCUGACGGUACAUUUGAGUGUCAAACAUGUGGUAAAAUGUUUGCUAAAGAGUAUCGUUUAGUCCGCCAUUCAUUUACACACAGCGAACACAAACAGUUUUUGUGCGAUUUUCCCGAUUGCGGCGAAAGUUUUGAUCUUAAAUGGAAACUAAGUGAUCACAAACAUCAACAUAAAGGCCAAAUUCCCGAUACGGACAGUGCCGCCAAUUACGGCUCUUUGUUUCAAUGCGAAUGGGCUGAUUGUAGCAAAGAAUUUACCACAAAAAGAGAACUCACACAACAUGAACAUGAAGUGCACGCCAACCGAGUCCAGUCUAAGUACUCUUGUGAUUGGCCACAAUGUCGAGAGAUUUUUGAUAACAAAGUCGAGUGGAGAAAACACGUGCGAACUCAUGGAAAGAUUGUGUCGACUGAAUGUGGAUUUCCUGGUUGUCAUCAAAGCUUUUUUAAGUUAGAGUCACUCGAAAGUCAUCGAAAAAUACACGAAACUUUCACUUUAAAUGAUUUGUCACAAACGUAACGUUCAAUUGAUUAGUUUAUCAUUUUCUUUAUUU